UCAACGGACGGCUUCACAAUUAACUUUUUAAAAUGCGGAUUUUAUUUUCUGUUCUUUUGUGUCUUACUUUGGCUAUCUGCAGACACGUAAAUUAUCAGAAUGAUUUUGUCAUAGGUGAACGUCAAGAAAAUGAUUACCUUAUUACUGAUAGAAUUAUUAAUAAGACUUCUGCCUUCAAGCCCGUCUUAAUCACAGUAGGUGUAAAAGCUCCAAACAAUACAGUACUCACUUAUAUAAAAAUCACAAAUAUCGGGAAUCAACCAACUCUAUUUAUACCGAAGAGACACAGUCAGACAAAUAUAGCUAUAAUGAUUAUUGGAAGAUAUAGACAAGGAAUACAAAUACACGUGGAAGGUUAUGCAAAAAAUACUUUAACAACAACUGCUCCCAGUACAACUAGCGAGACACCUAAUAAUGAAGAUAAUAACAGAUCUAAUAGCGAAGAAAGUAAGAACACAUUUGAAACUUCUGAAAAUAGCGAAGAAAAUAAUGAAAAUAACAGCGCAUCGAGUGCCGAGGAUGAAAACAACCGCGCAUCCGAAGCAGGGGAUAGAAGUAACAACUCAGCUGAAAGUGGCAAUGGAGGAAACAGUGCACCCAAUGCCAGGGAUGGAGGAAACAGCGCACCUAAUGCCGGAGAUGGAAAUAACAACUCGGCUAAGGAUGGCAACGGAGGAAACAGCGCACCUGAUGUAAGGGAUAGAAAUAACUCAGUCGAAGGUGGCAAUGGAGGAAACAGUGCAUCCGAUCCUAGAGAUGAAAGAAACAGCGCACCUGAUGCAGGGGAUGGAAAUAACAACUCAGCCGAAGGUGACAAUGGAAGAAACAGUGCAUCCGAUGCCGAGGGUGGAGAGAACAACGCAUCUGAUGCGGAGAAUGAAAAUAACAACUCCGCCAAAGAUGGGAACGAAGGAAAUAGUGCACCUGAUGCCAAGGAUGGAAACAACAGAGUAUCCGAUCCAGAGAAUGAAAAUAGUAAUUCAGCUAAAGGUGGCGACAGAAAAAACAGUGCACCUGAUAUAAGGGAUAGAAAUAACAAUUCAGCCAAAGAUGGCAACGGAAAAAACAGCGCACCUGACGCUGGGGAUGAAAACAACAGCGCACCCGAUGCAGAGGAUAAAAAUAACAACUCAGCCGAAGGUGACAGUGGAAGAAACAGUGCAGCCGAUGUCGAGGAUGGAGAGAACAACGCAUCUGAUGCUGAGAAUGAAAAUAACAACUCAGCCAAAGAUGGGAAUGGAGGAAAUAGUGCACCUGAUGCCAAGGACGGAAACAACAGUGCAUCCAAUCCAGAGAAUGAAAAUAGUAAAUCAGCUGAAGAUGGCGACAGAAAAAACAGUGCCGAAGAUAGCAAUGCAGAAAACAACGCAUCUAACACAGAGGAUAGAAAUAAUCACUCAGCCAAGGAUGACAACGAAGGAAACAAUGCAUCCGAUGCCGGGAAUGGAGGAAACAGCGCAUCUGAUGCUGAGAAUGAAAAUAUAGCCGAAAAUGGAAAUAACAACCCAGCAGAAGAUGAGGCUAAAAGAAACAUCGCAUCUGAUGCUAGGGAUGAAAAUGACGACUCAGCCAAAAGUGAUGAUGGAAACAACAGCGCAUCCAAAAAUAGUGACAAAAACAACGAACCCAUUGAUGGAAAUGGAAACAACACGCUUAGUAAUGAUGGAGACAACAGCGCAUCUGAUAAUGGCAACGAAGACAACGACAAUGAUAAACUUUCUAAUAGUAAUCUAGAAGUGAGUCAUGAGUUUCGUUCGUGAUUACGUUAGAUAUAUUCGAGAUGUCGAAAUUAAGUGAUGAAAAUACCAACUCAGCCGAAGAUGGAGAUACAAUAAACAGCUCACCCGAUACUGAAGAUCGAAAUACUAAUGAUCUAAAGGUGAGGCUGAAGGAAACAUUAUCCAGUUUAUAACAUUUUGUAACAAACAUCUAAUUUAAAGAAUAU